UGGCGGUGACAGCAGCUCGGCCCCUCGGCUCCUCCUUUGCUCUUCCUGAAUGGACAAACUCGCUACCUUCGGUCCACGCCUCCCUCUUUCUCAUCCUCAGCUCUCCACCGGCAGCUCGCUGCAGCGUCCCGGUACUUUACUGAGCGGUGACUGGAACCAGGCCGAGCCGAGCAGCGCCGCGUAAAGGAGCCUUCCGAACUCAAAUCACCGCUUACAGCUGCGAAGUUCGGGCUCUUUUCUUUUCUUUUUUUCCCCCCGUGUGACCCACCGGCUCCUUGAAUAUCACCUCUCCGCCCGGCGAGAACAUUGUGUCCUCUGUGGAGAAAAAUGACAGCCAGGCAUCGGAAAGGGAAAAGCAACCACAAACAUGAAGACAACUUUUUCAAAAAUGAAAUCCUGGAGACAGAAGUGCGCUCUGGAGGGAACAACUACACUCUGCUGCUCAUUUUAUUCCUCAUUGUAGUAAUUGGAGGAGCCACUGGAGCCUGGUUCUGUUUCCAGCAGCACCAAACUUUAACCUACUUAUCUGACAAUCUCAUGGGCAUGCAGAUGAAGAUAAUCAAACUCCAGUCCUCCCAUGAAGAAAUGCGACAGUCAAGUAAUAAGCAGCAAGUCUCUGGGAGUGUGGAAGAACGCCUGAAUGCCCUUGAGGAGUCUUAUGCGCUGGCCCAGAAACAGGUGGGCAUGGCCUUGGCCACGGCCGAGGAGCUCAAGACGUCCGACCUCCCCGCUCAGGUGCUGUCGCUGCACACGGAGAUGAAAGCUCGCCUGUCAGAGAUGCAGCAAGCGACGGUAUCUCUAGAGCAACUGAGCCAGCUGCAGAGCAUGUUGAAGGGGAAGAAUGAGGAGUUCGAUGACGUCAGGGUUCAGGUGGAGGGUCUGGCGGCGCUGAGUGGUGAACUGUCCCAGAAGGUCGAGGUCCUGUCAGGGAGCCUGGGAGAAGCAGAAUCGAAGCUGGACGAGAGAGCUGGUCAGGUCGCCACGUUGAGCGUCACCCUGGAUGGACAGACCGCCGAGGUGCUCCGACUGAAGGAGCAGCUGGGCACCUACCAGGCUCAGCUGGAGGCCAGUGUGCUGGAGAUGACUGCUGUCAGAGAGUUGCUAGAGAAUGAACAGUCCCAGCGGAUCCAGCAGGCUAGUGUAGAGGAGCAGCUUGAUACGGUACGUCAGAGUCUGCAGGAUCAGAACUCAGCAGCCCAAAGUCUCCACUCUGACCUUGAGGCUCAGCUGGAGAACAUACAGAGGCAGGUUACGCAGAUUGUGGGAGAAACUCAAGCUCCUGCUGAACAGACAGAGAAAGAAACAGCUCCGGCUGCAGAGGAAGAGACAGCUGCAGGAACUGAAGAAGAAGAGGCACAUGAUCCAGCAGAGGAAGAAGGAACCGCUCAAGUGGUAGAAGAGGAGGAAGAAAAAGCAGCUUCACAGGACACACCUCUUGAUGAACAGGAUGACUCUGUGACAGAACAACCAGAGGAGGCAGUGAAGGAGGAUGAGACAGAACCAGAGGAGUCAGCUGAUGUAUCAGAACAGACAGAAGAAGAAACAACACGGACAAAUGAAGAGGAGGAAAACGUAGAAGAGGAGAUGCCCGAAGAGAAGAACCAGGUAGCUGAAGAAGAGGCAGCAUUAGACGGAGAGGAGGUUCAGGAGGACAGUCAUAAAGCAGAAGAGGAGAAAGAGGAGGCUGCAGAGGAAGAUGAUGAUGAAGCAGAAGAGGAGGCUGCAUCUGAAGCAGAGGAGGAACAACCUGGUGUAGAGGAGGAAGUCUUAGAAGAAGAGGAAGAACAGCAGGAUGUAGCAGCUGAGGAGGAGCCACAGGAGGAAGAUGAGGAAGACGAGUCACUAGAAACUGAGGACAAAUAGUUCACGUCGCCAGAAGCAUCCGUCAAGUAAAAUGGAAACUUUCUCAGACUAAUAUCACUGUCUACAAUAUGAGAAAUACUGUAGGAAGGCAUUAUUGAUUGCUGUUGUUUAGGUGCAGUAUUCAUCAUGUGGUUGCUCUCUGAAAGGCAGACCUGCUCAGAAGAAUUAAGUCACUAUGCUGGAGUCGGAACCGAAACUCGUACCUCAAGAGAUGGCUGUCUAGUAAAGAAACGAGUCAUUCAGGAUUUAACCUGCCAGUAACAACCUCAGAAGCCUUAAUCCAAAAAAGAAUGCCUGCGUUUCUAAAGAGAAUCUUUCCACUCUUCACAACUCACACUUUUUUUUUUUUUGCCAUAGUUCUGUACUAAACUGGAAAACCAAAAGCCAUUGAAAUAACAGGAAAGCCAAUGCGUAAACUGUUUUAUCAGUGCAUUUGAAGCCAUAAAUAAUGCCUCUCUUGGUGACAUAAAAGUAUGUUUCUUUUUGUCACUGCCUGAAAUACAUCAUGAGAAAAAGCAGUAAUUUAUUAUGUAUGUUUACACAGGCAAAACUGCCAACUCUAGAGCUCGCAAAAAAGAAGAAAGGCAUCUUUGAUAAGUUAAACAAGAGCAAUUCCUGAAUGUUUUUAAAGUAUAUUACAUACUGUAGUUAGUAAGAUUUUUUUUUUUUUUUUUUUUUUUUUACUCUUUUUAAGUGCAUAUUUGUGGUUAAGUGCUUAAAAAUUGGAGGUUUGCUUAAUAUAGUUUUGGGUCAUCGUCUUUUUUUUUUUUUUUGCACUUUUUUUUUUUUUUUUAACUGAUUACAAUUCCAGCCAGACAGAACACACCUGUAGUAUUGUCAGAUACAGUGAUGUGGUCUAAAAGCCUGAGCCCUCUGCCAAGAACUGUUUGGUUCCAAGAUCAUUAUUCUACUACUUUUAUUCAAAAGUAUAUAUUUUCAUUUUGGAGGUCUUACACAUAACAUCAGAGACUCUAUGCAUCAACUUCUGAAAAAAAAAUCUGUCACUAGGGCUACAUUCAGACUGCAAACAAAAAGGGCUUAAAUCAGAUAUUUCAGAUUUUUUUUAAUGUAGUUUCUGUUCUGAAUUGUGUGACUUCUGUGGUCCUAAAGCAGAUAAAGGUCUGAUUUCUUGCAGUAUGACCUCAGUCUGACCAGUCAUACUGGAAUUUAUGCAACUUUCACACCACACUAGAUCAACAUUCGCCACAAUACUGUGCUGGUGGGAGUCACUCUCCGAAUACAACAAUAAAGGACAGCUGUGGUGGAUUCAGUCAGUGGAGAGACUGAGAUGCUGGACCUCAUGAACUCGCAGACUUCCACUGCACGUCAUCUUAUAAAUUAAACUGUAAACACUUAUUUCAGCCGCCUCCAUGUCUUCUCUGGAGUCCAGGGCUGUGAUCACUUUACACUGGAAACUGACUUGGGCGACAUUCAGAAAAAUAUGAAACGGCAAAAAAAUCGUUCUGAGCAAUAAAUCUGAAUUGGGCAUUAAGGUUUGCAGUGUGAAUGUAGCUUAAGUGAAGCAGCUCAGGGACUAAGAGUUUUCCAAAUGGAUGGAAAAGUUUCACAGAGCCAAACUGCAGCUAAAUUACAUUUGUAGGAGAGCAGCGGUUUGCAGGUCAUUUUCAUUCAAAACACUGAGAACACCUACAAUGUACACACCAACUAAAGAGCAACACUCUGUACAACACGUUCAGUCAAAAGACAGUUUAUUUCAAGAUCACAUUUUAAUUACAAAAUCAGUCUUUUGACCAAAUAGUGCCAAAAUGUCGCUGCUGAAAACAAUAACUCAAAGGAGAUGGCCAGACAAGGUUAUAGUGCAAAAAUACAUGUAUGCAGGUUUGACUGCAAAAGAAACAGAAUUUCUGCUUUCCUCCACAGUCACUUCACACUUUGUACCUUUAGGUGGCGCAGAAGAGAAGUUAUGCAGCAGGACACUGACGAAUCACGGAUCCAAACUAUGGCAGGACACUGCAUGUGAUGGAGGAGCAAGGACUGAUGUUCAUGGCUCUGCCUCUCUGCUGAACAUGUCUGGAAAUGAAAACGGAAAAAAGGACAAAACACACAGUCACAUCAGGAAACCUUCACUGAGAUGCUCUGAAAUCAACCUAAACGAUGUGAAUUCUCAAAUAAUGCAGAAAAAAUGUUGAAUCCCCACCGCAUACCUGUGAUUAGCGCAAGGACUUCAACAUCAAAGAUAUCACUAUGAAAUGACCUUUGAGAAAUGAUGAAUGUUUGUGUAUCCAUGAUUCACAAAUACGGAAUAUGUUUCUGAUAAGUUCUUGGGAGCGUAGUAAGACUUUUGGAUACCGCUGUAUGUUUUUACUAAAACUGAUACUUAAUGCACUUUGUUUUUGCCAAGGCAGUGGUUAGUGUCAGUCUAACACUUCACAUGUUUUUAAAAUAAACCCCGGUUCUUUCA